AUGUCUAUGAAGAGGACUUCAGUUCUUCUGCUGAUCCUGCUGAGUUUUUACUUUAGCUCUGGAAACUGUGGGAAGGUGCUGGUGUGGCCCACAGAAUACAGCCACUGGAUGAAUAUGAAGACAAUCCUGGAUGAACUUGUCCGGAGAGGUCAUGAGGUGAUUGUAUUGACAUCUUCAGCAUCCAUUCUUGUUGACCCCAGCAAACCAUCUACUAUCAAAUUUGAAGUUUAUCCUACAUCUUUAUCUAAAGAUGUCUUUGAGGCUCUUUUUAUGAAACAGAUCAAAAGAUGGAUAUAUGAUCUUCCAAAAUAUAACUUUCUGUCAUAUUUUUCACAUGUCCAAGAAAUCUCUUGGAAUUAUUAUGAACGUAUUAGACAUCUCUGUAAAGAUGUUGUUUCGAACAAGAAACUUAUGGCAAAACUACAAGAGUCAAAGUUUGAUGUCGUUCUUGCUGAUGCCAUCAGUCCCUGUGGUGAGCUGCUGGCUCAACUACUUAAAAUACCCUUUGUAUACAGUUUUCGUUUCUCUCCUGGCUACACAUUUGAGAAGUAUAGUGGAGGGUUUCUCUUCCCUCCUUCCUAUGUACCUGUUGUUCUGUCAGAAUUAAGUAAACAAAUGACAUUCAUGGAAAGGAUAAAAAAUAUGUUAUAUGUGCUUUAUUUUGACUUUUGGUUCCAAUUAAUUGAUACAAAGAAUUGGGAUCAGUUUUACAGUGAAGUACUAGGAAGACCCACUACAUUGUCUGAAACAAUGGGAAAAGCUGAAAUGUGGCUCAUUCGAACCUAUUGGGACUUUGAUUUUCCUCGCCCAUUCUUACCAAAUGUUGAUUUUAUUGGAGGACACCACUGUAAACCUGCCAAACCCCUACCAAAGGAAAUGGAAGACUUUGUCCAGAGCUCUGGAGGAAAUGGUGUUGUGGUGUUUUCUCUGGGGUCAAUGGUCAGUGACCUGACAGAAGAAAGGGCCAAUGUGAUUGCAUCAGCCCUUGCCCAGAUCCCACAAAAGGUUCUAUGGAGAUUUGAUGGCAAGAAACCACAUACUUUAGGACCCAAUACAAAACUGUACAAGUGGUUACCCCAGAAUGACCUUCUUGGUCACCCCAAAACCAAAGCUUUUAUAACUCACGGUGGAAACAAUGGCAUCUAUGAGGCAAUCUACCAUGGGGUCCCUAUGGUGGGCAUUCCUCUGUUUGCGGAUCAAGCUGAUAACAUUGUUCGCAUGAAGACCAAAGGAGCAGCUGUUGCAGUAGACUUUAGCACCAUGUCAAGUACAGAUCUGCUUAAUGCAUUGAAGACCGUCAUCAACGACCCUAUAUAUAAAGAGAAUGCUAUGAAAUUAUCAAGAAUUCAUCAAGAUCAGCCAAUAAAGCCCCUGGAUCGAGCACUGUUCUGGAUUGAGUUUGUGAUGCGCCACAGAGGAGCCAAACAUCUUCGGGCUGCAGCCCAUGACCUCACGUGGUUCCAGUACCACUCUUUGGAUGUAAUUGGGUUCCUGUUGGCCUGUGUGGUCACUGUGAUAUUCAUCAUCACAAAAUGUUGCCUGUUUUGUUUCCAGAAGUUUACUAAACCAGGAAAGAAGGGGAAAAGAGAUUAGUUGCAUCAAAGGCCUGAAACUGGGAUUCCUGAUAGAUGAGACUCCUUCAGUUUAUUCCA